CCUCACCAACUACCCAGCCACCAUGGCAGACGAUGCCGCCAUGCGCAAUGAGCUCACCAAUCUGCAGGAGAGAGCUGACCAGCUGGCCGAUGAGUCACUGGAGAGCACUCGGCGCAUGUUACAGCUGGUAGAGGAGAGUAAAGAUGCAGGCAUCAGAACUUUGGUUAUGCUGGAUGAGCAGGGAGAACAACUGGAGCGCAUCGAGGAGGGAAUGGACCAAAUCAAUAAGGACAUGAAAGAAGCCGAAAAAAAUUUGACGGAUCUAGGAAAUCUCUGUGGUCUAUGUCCAUGUCCCUGUAACAAACUGAAAAGUGGGGGACAGACCUGGGGCAAUAAUCAGGAUGGAGUGGUAUCCAGCCAGCCUGCCCGUGUGGUCGAUGAGCGUGAGCAGAUGGCCAUUAGUGGAGGCUUCAUCCGCAGGGUAACAAAUGAUGCACGUGAAAAUGAGAUGGAUGAAAACCUGGAACAGGUCGGAAGCAUCAUCGGUAACCUCCGCCACAUGGCUCUUGACAUGGGCAAUGAAAUUGACACCCAGAACCGCCAGAUUGACAGGAUUAUGGAGAUGGCUGAUUCCAACAAAACUAGGAUUGAUGAAGCAAACCAGCGUGCCACAAAGAUGCUGGGAAGUGGCUAAACCCCUACAGAACCUGUCCCAGCAUUCAACCAUAGGCCCCGCCCCCAAUGCCUCUGUCCAUGCUAAAUCUGCCAUAGUGCACAUUCCCCUCUCCCAUGGUAUUGACCUAGUAGAUUUGCACACAUACAGAUAUCUACAUACACUGGCUCCCUCUGUAGAAAUUGCUGUUCUGUGUCAUCUGUCGUAAAUAGUGCAGUAAAUGGCAACAUUUACUCUGUAUUUUGCCCUCCAAAGAUUUGUGUGUAUAUGUACUAUAUAUAUGACCUAUAUAUAGUUCUGGUGGCUAACUCAAACGUGUAGUUUCUUUAUUUGUUUCUCUUUUUUAAAGCAACAUAGGCAUUAUAUUGACAUUUUUUCUCGGUGAAAUUUAUUGACAUAAUCCAAUCUCUGUAUCCAUAUUCUGUGCUUCUAACUGUGUAACUGUCCAGCCAAGCCCUGCAUUCUACAGUAGUGAGCAUUCCAAUGAAGGAAUCUUUGAAAGAUCACAGCUGAUGGCAGUCCUGACUUAUAGGCUACUGUUCCAUCAGUGCUACCUUUGCACCUGAAGUGAUGAUAUGUUUGCACUGCUAACGUGCACUUCUAAUGUGCACUGCUAAUGUGCAAACCACAUCCUGCUGGACCUUUCCUGCAGCCUCAGAACAGUACCACACUUUUUAUUCAUGUACGUCUGCAAACUGCGCCAGUCGAUGUAAAUGAUGGUAAAUGCUAAUAAAAAACAUAGUAGUGCUUAAA